GUGCGGGAGGGGGAUGGGGACAGGGACGGGAACAGCGGGGGGACCCGGGAGGGGACAGCGAGGGUGGAUGGGGGGUGAGGGCAGGGAGAGUGCGAGAGGGACACGGAGUAUCCCAGCGGGCGGGGGGCGGGGAGGAACGUGUGCCAGGGGGGUGGGCGAGGAGAAUGGGAGUGACUGGGGCGAGGGGUGGAAUGAGAGCAGGUGAGUGUGCAGGUAGGUGUGAGAGGGGCUGUGUGUGUGCAGGUGGGCGUGUGAGCGGUGAUGCGUGUGCGGGUGAGAGUGCGAGGGGCGAUGUGAGUGCCGGUGAGCGAUUGAGGGCUGCUACAGUGGGCAGGUGUGUAUGCAGGGAUUGGUCAAUGUGCAGGGGUUGGUCCAUGGGCAGUUGUGUGUGCAGGGGUUGGUCCAUGGGCAGGAUUUGGUCCAUGUUCAGGUGUGUGGACAGGAUUUGGUCCAUGUGCAGGUGUGUGUGCAGGGGUUGGUCCAUGUGCAGGUAUGUGUUCAGGGGCUGGUCCAUGGGUAGGGGUUGGUCCAUGUUCAGGUGUUUGACCAUGUUCAGGUGUGUGUGCAGGGCUUGGCCCAUGGGAAGGGACUGCUCCAUGUGAGUCACAGCGGGUGGGUGUCCCCAGUCCCUGUCCCACCACAGCCACCAUGGAGGUGAGCCACUCAGUGAAGGAGCGCACCAUCGCCGAGAACAGCCUGGUGAUCCUGCUGCAGGGCCUGCGCGGCCGCGUCACCACCGUGGAGCUGCGCGAUGAGAGCGUGGCCGCGGGGCGCGUCACCAGCGUGGACGCCUUCAUGAACGUGCGCCUGGCCGAGGUGACCUUCACAGACAGGCAGGGCGCCGUGUCCCAGCUGGACGAGCUCUUUGUGACCGGCAGAAACAUCCGCUACGUGCACAUCCCCAAUGAGGUGGACAUCAGGGCCACCAUCGAGGAGCAGCUGCAGGCCAUCCACAGGGUGCGCUACUUCGGGGGCCGAGACAAGGGCCGCAGUGAGUUCCUCCAUGCCAAGCACAAGUGAGGGCCUGGCGCUGCCCACAGCAGCCAGGAUGGACCUGGGAUGGACCUGGGUGGACGUGCCCCUUUGGUGGACUGCCAGCUCCCUCUGUUCCACCCAGUGACAUCCCCCAAGGAACAUUUUCCCCCAAGGACUUGGGGCUCUGCUAUUCCCCCCACCUGCAGAGGAGCAGGACUGGUUUUUGUAGUGAAUAACACCAUUUAAAGACUC